AUGAGGCAGACCAUCAGGCAGAAAAGCCCAUGGCCUCCGAGAGGCAAAGCCCAGGAUGGCGUAGGAGAAGAGCUGCUGCUUCAGAGACGGGUUCCUGGCAUCACCAAGGAUGAGGCUCCCAAACACAGCCCCAGUGCCAGCUCCAGAGCCUGCCGCUCCAACUGUGGCAUCCCGGCCCCAAUGAACUUGGCGGCUGUGUCAAUGUCCCUUGAGAUGGUGCUGGUUUGGAAGCUGCGACUAGGGAUGAGUGAGGUCAGGGAACGUGGGGCUGUCAAACUGCUGAAGCGCUCGUCCGUCAGUGUCUCGGGCCGUUUCUGCACCAACACAGACAGUGUUCCGUAUGUAUUGAAGAGUUGUGCAAAAUUCAUAGAGACUCAUGGCAUUGUGGAUGGCGUCUAUCGGCUUUCAGGGGUCACGUCAAACAUACAGCGGCUAAGGCAGGAGUUUGGCUCAGAUCAAGGUCCAGAUCUGACAAGGGAAGUAUACCUCCAGGACAUCCACUGUGUGGGCUCACUCUGCAAGCUCUACUUUAGAGAGCUUCCCAACCCCCUCCUGACUUAUGAGCUCUAUGAGAAAUUCACGGAGGCAGUGUCUCAUUGUCCUGAAGAAGACCAAUUGGCUCGAAUCCAACAUGUCAUCCAGGAGCUCCCUCCAUCCCAUUAUAGGACCUUGGAAUACCUGAUCCGACACUUGGCUCACAUUGCCUCCUUCAGCAGUAAGACCAACAUGCAUGCCAGGAACCUGGCCCUGGUGUGGGCUCCAAACCUCCUCAGGUCUAAAGAAAUUGAAGCCACGGGGUGCAAUGGAGAUGCAGCCUUCCUUGCAGUCCGGGUUCAGCAAGUGGUGAUUGAGUUCAUCUUGAAUCAUGUGGAUCAAAUCUUUAGCAGCAGUGCCCACAGGUCCUUGGAGAAUGAUGGUAAAAACCUCUUCUGGCACCACCAGCCCAUCUUCCUUCUUGCCCUCAUCUUUGUGCCCAAGAAUAGUGUGGAUUUGAUUCUAGUAAGAAAGCUCUCCAGUAAAUCAAAGAAGUGGAAGUCAAUAUUUAACCUGGGACGUUCUGGAUCAGACUCCAAAUCAAAGCUGAAUAGAAAUGGGAGUGUGUUUGUGAGAGGACAGAGGCUCUCAGUGGAGAAGGCCACCAUCCGGCCGGCGAAAAGCAUGGACUCGCUGUGUUCAGUGCCUGCAGAAGGGAAAGAAACCAAAGGAAAUUUCAAUCGAGCUGUUACCACUGGUGGAUUUUUCAUUCCCGCGUCCAAAAUGCACCCGACGGGUUCCGGCAGCUCCUGCGACCUCAGCAAGCAGGAGGGUGACUGGGGCCCCGAAGGCAUGCCCGCGGGGGCCGAGGGGGGCUUCGAUGCGGGCGCGCAGGCCCGGGCCCCGCCCGAGCAGCUGAAGGUCUUCCGGCCCAGCGAGGAUGCCGAGAACGAGCAGGCGGCCCCGAAGAUGCUGGGCAUGUUCUACACGUCCAGCGACAGCCCGAGCAGAUCCGGGUUCGCCAGCAGCCUCUUCCACGUGGAGCCCUCGCCCCGCCACCAGCGCAAGGCGCUCAACAUCUCCGAGCCCUUCGCCGUGUCCGUGCCGCUGCGCGUGUCGGCGGUCAUCAGCAGCAACAGCACGCCCUGCCGCACGACCCCCAAGGAGCUGCCCUCGCUCUCCAGCCUGGAGGAGCUUGCUUUCCAGGGCUCUGAGGAGAAGCUCCCAGGAGCGGAGGCGUCUACAGCUUCUGCACCUAAGAAGGCAGCUCCCGAGGAUGCCAAGCCGGCUCCGGAAGCAGUGGGAGCCAUGGAGUGCAGCAAAAGCCUCUCCCAGGAGCCAGGCCUCCAGCUGGAGGAGAAGAGCCCCUCAGAAAUUCCCCCAGGUGCUGAGCAUUCCAGUGAAUUCCAGAAGAGGCUGGAUCCUGAGGAGGUGGUGGAGGCAGUUCGAGAGGCUGGCCACAGGGAGCCUCGUGCUCUGCAGGAGAGCCCCCGGCUCACGGCUGAGGCUGCAUUUCUCCAGGAGAUGGAUGAAGAUGAUCAAGCCAAUGCCCUCAUCUGGCCGGAGAUUCAACAAGAGCUGAAAAUCAUUGAAUCUGAGGAGGAGCUCUCUUCGCCGCCUCCACCAAGGUCACUUCCAAAGAACAGCCCAACCCUGCCUAUCCCUGAGUCAAGUCCAGAGCCCUCGGCUUCCCCAGAGGCUCCUCGGAGCUCCGCCCCAGUCCCCGCCCCCCUGGAAGAGCGAGCCAAUCCUAGCACGCUGGCGGCUUCAUCUGCAGCCCGUGGGGAGGAGCCUGUGCCAACCAGCAGCCUCCGUGGGAGCCAGCGCCCUGACCCCGCCAGCCCGUGUCCCCUGCAGAUAGUGGCCUUGGACGAGGGGAGCGCCCCCGGGAAGCCGCCGUCUCUGCCGCUCCAGCCUGCUCCUCCCCCUCCAACUUCCCUCGAGGAGGCCCCUGGACCCUUGCCGACCAAGGGCAGCCCUGAAAGAGCUGACCCAGCCAGAGAUUUGAGGACAAAUCCCUGUGGAGACCAAUUGACGUCCCAAGGCGAUUUUCGUCCGGGAGAGGCGUCUAACCCUGGACCGGGGGGAAAGCCGAACCCGCAGACUGCUGCCCUGCAGGUCAAGGACCCUGGUGUUGCAAGCCCACUAUGGGAGGUCGAGAUCCCCCCGCUCGGAGAGGGGGAAGUAGCCAAUUCUACACAGGAGCCCUCAGACUGUGAUGAAGAUGACGCCGCGACAGCCGUUGCCCCGCAUGGCCUGGAGAUGGUGGAGCCCUGGGAGGAGCCCCAGUGGGUGACGAGUCCCCUCCACUCCCCCACCCUCAAGGAUGUACAAGGGACCCAGGGGCAGGGCCUCCAGGGUCUCCGGUUGGAGAAGCGACUUUCCCACAGGCCCAGCCUCCGCCAGAGCCAUUCGCUUGACAGCAAGACGACCACCAAUCGGAGCUCGUGGACGCUCGAUGGCCUCUCCAGCAGCUGUGCUAACCUCGACUCCGAGAAGAGUUGCGACCCUCUGCCACCGCCGACCUCCAGGAGAGGGAUGCUGUUGGCAGGCUGGGAAGAGAAAGCCCCAAGGUCAUUUAGAGAGUUCUCUGGCCUGCAGGAGACAGAGGCCCUUCCCAGCCAGAAGGGACAGGGCGACAUGCAGCCCAAACCAACAGAAACGAGCCCUGUAAAUCUCGCAGAGGGAAAGGAGAUGGCGGCUGAGGUGGGUCACGACCAGCUGCAGUCUGAGCGAGGAGGCAGCGUUCCUGGGGGAGAGAGCACUGAGCAUGGCUCGCCCGGCCACGUGCAGGACAGUGCCUCGCCCAGAGAACACCCCCGGAAGGCACAGCCGAAGGGCACCGAGUGUGGGCCCCCCAAAGGGAAACAUAGGCCUUCUUCCCUCAACUUGGACGCUUCGGUUCCUAUCACUGACCUCUUCCGGUUUGAGAAUGCAGCCUCAUUUGGUUCUCCUGGAAUGCAGUUCUCUGAGCCCGGAGACUCAAAGGCCCCACAGAUGACCUCAUCCCACUCGAAUGCAGACCCAUGGAUGGUCCACUCCCAAGAUGCCCAAGAUCUGGACAUUGUUGCUCACACCCUCAUGGGUCGCCGCAACUCGGCUCCUGUGAGUGUAUCAGCUGUGAGAACCUCCUUCAUGGUCAAAAUGUGCCAGGCCAGGGCAGUCCCCGUCAUCCCACCCAAGGUUCAGUACACACAGAUUCCACAGCCGCUGCCCGCGCAGGGCUCAGGGGAGGGAGCAGCUCAGCCCCGGGAGAAGAGCCCAGAGGAGCCUAGCUCAGUGGGUGGGACCUCUCAGAAAUCUGCCAAAGAUGAUUCUCCCCUCUCCUCUGCAAGUCCGACGGGAGAGAAACCAAAGCAAGACGUAGGAGACAUCGAGUUGUCACAAGUGGGUGCUACUACUGCAUCCGGCCUGGGUGAAGGACCCACCCUUUCUCCAGAAGCAGGCUCAUCUAACAGCCUCUCCACCCAGGACGCGGUAGUGCAGUGCAGAAAGCGAACAUCAGAGACCGAGCCACCUGGGGACAAUCUCCUCUCUUCAAAAAUAGAGCGACCAUCCGGGGGUUCUAAGCCUUUCCACAGGGCACGGCCUGGAAGACCCCAGAGCCUGAUCUUAUUCAGUCCUCCCUUCCCUAUUAUGGACCACCCUCCUCCCUCAUCAGCAGGGACCGAUUCCAGGGUCUUGCUGUCCCCUAUCAGAAGUCCCAUCCAGGCCGUUUCCCCCGGCCUCCUUUGUGGGGAGUUGGCAGAAAACACAUGGGUGACACCAGAAGGGGUGACACUUAGGAAUAAAAUGACCAUACCUAAGAAUGGCCAGAGACUAGAGACUUCCACCAGCUGUUUUUACCAGCCCCAGCGGAGAUCGGUGAUUCUGGACGGAAGAAGUGGGAGACAGAUCGAAUGACAUCCGCUUAAGGGCCAGUGUCAGGACAAUGCCAUGAUUCUUCUGGAAGUUACUGCCGGGCCAGCAUGCUGUCGUCCAGGCACAGGUUAUCCGGGUUGGAGAUCAUUUUCACCUCGAGUUUCUCUUCCUUUCCUUCUUUUGGCCAUUUUAUUAAUGACAGUUCAUUUUCCAGGAAAGCCAUCAGGGGACGGACCAAGAGAUGAGAUUCAGAUAAGUCCAUAAGAGGAAGGCGCGGGGUGGGAAAUCACACAAGAAGAGGUUGAAAUGCUUGUCUCCGGUGACUUUUGGAGCUUGUCUGUGACGGUGGUACUGCCGCGAGCUGGUGGUGGUGCUGUCCUGUGAGAGAGACAAGAAAUCCUUAGCUGGAGUUGGAAAGGUUGCUGCUGGGGUGUCGAGGUCUCCUCUGUAGUUCAUGCUUUCUAAUGCUCCUUAAAGCCUGGGUUCUUUCAGACCAGCUUUCUAACAAGCUUUUAGAAGUGUACUCUCCAGAAUAGAAGCAGAGUGGAAAUGCGAACUAACCUGCAUUUAGAUACCCAAGUGGCUGAAUGGACCCCUGCUGGUUCCCUGGCAUUUCUGCACACCUGGCCCAAGAUGGCUCCAGAUGCCAGCAUCGAAACUCAGAAAAGUCUAUGUUCAAGAGCCAACUAACUGAGAGACUGGCACAAUCCCAGAGGACUCUUAGCUUUCAUCACUGUGUGACCGUCACUGUACUGACCUCAGAUUUGUACAUCCAUUUAGCUGGGCAGGGUGGGGAUGGAGCUGAAGGUGACAUCCAGGGACUGUGCUGGCUUUUCAAGCAGUGUGCAAAAGCCAAGUGACGUGAUCUGCUUCCUUUCCAACACUGAGAGUCCAAAAACAGGAUCAUUAGAGAAAGAAAGCCCCACACAUAAGCAAAACUGCGCUCCACACUGCAUGUGUUUUCAACAGUGGUGCCUUAACAGAAACCACCUCGCCUGGCUCAGCCUGGCUCUAGGUGUGCACCAGGAAUACCAGAGAGGAGG